AGAGGGGUGAAAAGAAUGGAGGGCGUGGCGCAGGCCCUUGUGGGCAACCUUGGGCAGCUGGUGGGGUCGGAGUUCCAGAAGCUCCGCGGCGUGGGCAGCGAGGUGGCCCAGCUGAGGGACGAGCUGGCCACCAUGAAUGCCAUCCUCCGAAUGCAGUCCGAGGCGGACGACAGCGCCAUGGACCAUUUCGUCCGGGAGUGGAUGAAGCAGGUCCGCGAGCUCGCCUACGACGCCGAGGACUGCGUCGACCUCUACGUCUUCCGCAUCCGCUGCCUCCUCAGCGACGCCUUCCUCGCCCGCCUAAGGCGCGUGCUCACCACGCUCUCCCUCCGCCGCCGCCUCGGCAGCGACGUCGAGGCCCUCCGCGCCCGCGCCGUCAUCAUCAGCGAGCGCCACGCGCGGUACGGCGUCAGCCGCGAGGCGCUGCGCCGCUCGCUGCACCUGGCCCCCGUCUCCACGGGAUCGGCUGCCUCCGCGCGUGCGCUGCGCGCCGCCAACCACCCCGACCAGUUCGUCGGCAUGACGGACCAGGCUAGCACCCUGGCCGAGAGGGUGAAGGGCGCCGUGGACAGCAACGACAUCGUCGGCGACGGCGCUGACCGGAAGCUCAGCGUGUUCUCCAUCGUCGGGUUCGCGGGGCUCGGGAAGACCACGCUGGCCAUGGAGGUGUGCCGGCGGCUGGACACACAGUUCCAACGCCAGGCGCAGGUGUCCGUGUCGCAGGCGUUCGACGGCCGAAACGACGUCGGGGGCCUUCUCAAGCGCGUGCUGCAGCAGAUCGUCAAGCCCAAGGCGGGAAAUGAUAAAGGCAUCAAGGAAGAAGACUCUGCGGGUGACAUCGACCACAUGGAUUCGGACACGCUCGCCAAAACGCUCAAGGAGCUUCUCAAGGACAAGAGGUACCUCAUUGUGAUUGACGAUGUAUGGACAAUAGCAGCGUGGGAUGCUAUCCGAUCCACGCUGCCAGACAACAACCUCGACAGCAGAAUCAUGGUGACCACUCGGAUAGAGGCUGUGGCUGUAGCAUGCAGCGAUGCUAGUGAAAUUUGUGGAGAUAACAUCUAUCACAUCGAGCCCCUCAAUUCAGAAGACUCCAAGAAGCUGUUCCUCAGCAGAGCAUUUGGCUCCAAGGAUGCCACUUGCCCCACAGAGCUGGAAGAUGAAAUGAACAAAAUUCUCAAGAAAUGUGGUGGGCUGCCAUUGGCCAUUGUCAGCAUUGGCAGCCUUUUGGCCAGCUAUAAAUCACCGGAGCACAAGGAUAUGUGGGAUAGGGUUUGCAAAUCAAUUAGUUAUCAUAUGGAUACCAAUCCCACCCUUGACGGGAUGAGGCAGAUACUCACACUCAGCUACGACCACCUGCCCUAUCACCUCAAGGGUUGCAUGAUGUAUCUUAGUAUUUUCCCGGAGGAUUUUCUCAUCAACAAGGACCGGCUCGUAUACAGAUGGAUCGCUGAAGGAUUGGUUGAGGAGAAGCGGGGGAUGACCCUGUUGGAGGUUGCAGAAGCCUACUAUGACGAGCUGGUGAGUAGGGGCAUGAUUAAUCCCGCUGGCGAAAUAAUCAGCCAUGUCUAUGGAGCUGUGGAGACAUGUCGGGUGCAUGACUUGAUGCUGGAGGUCAUGGUGUCCAAAUCCUUGGAGGCCAACUUUGUCAGCCUGAUAGGUGGGCAGUAUGAUGGGAUGUCCUAUGACACAAUACGCCGCCUCUCCCUCCAUGGUGACAUUAAUGUGCAGCAUGUCCGAUCACUGAGUAUGUUUCAGCUCCAAGGGAACAAGCUGCUUGAUCGUCUGGGUGAGUUCACCCUGCUGAGAGUACUUGACCUGGAAGACUGCAAGGGCGUAGAAAACAAGCAUAUGGGUGACAUCUGUCGGAUGUACCUUCUGAGGUAUUUGUCCCUGAGAGGUACAGAUAUCAGUGUGCUGCCUCCGAAAGUCUGUGACCUGGAGCAUUUGCAGACACUUGAUGUACGUGCCACCGGCCUUGCUAGACUUCCAGAAACUCUGAUAAAACUAGAGAAACUUGAGCGCUUGUUCUUCUCCCAGAAGGAUGUCUGGUCUACCAUGUGGAAGCCACCUCAGGGUCUCUGGAAAAUGAAGGCGCUGCGGGAGGUGGGCUGGAUAUUGCUGGAAGAUGAUGCUGUUGAGGUUGCCCAAGAGGUAGGUGAACUAGAAAAUCUGCAAAGGUUAAGUAUCUACGUCGAUUGUGAGAGGCCCAAUGGUCCCAAGGUUCUUGAAGAGCUUGCCCUGUCCCUGAGCAGGACGCACUCUCUCCGGUCGCUCGACAUGGGCACCAUGAGUUAUGAGGCCAAUGCGUUGAACUUUCUCCUUGAGCUCCCCUCGCCGCCACGCCUCCUCCGAUUCCUCAGGAUCGCUGGUGGCAUUGACAAAUUGCCCAACUGGGUUGAAUCGCUCACAUAUCUUGUUGAGUUUCACAUGUCAUGGGCACACUUUAUCGAUGACCAACUAUUUGGGGUUCUGUGUAAGUUGCCCAACCUGAAGAGCAUCUGGAUGCAGCGGAACUGCUACACCGGUCUAGAGCUGAUUGCACGCGCUGCACACAACUUUCCAGCGCUCAAGAAUCUCAGAGGGACCUGUGAUAACGAAAUGCCCAGAGUCUACAAAUUUGAGGAAGGAUCCAUGACAAAGCUCGAGAAACUUUCACUGAAUUUCGACAACUGGAGUGAGAAGAGCAUUGUGGGCAUUGAGCACUUGACAAGCCUUAAAGAGGUGCAGCUCGCAGGUAAGAGAGGGAACCCUGCGCUGGACCGAACUCUGGAGCAGCUAAAGGUGGAGAGUGGAAGGCACCCCAAUCAGUUCACAGUUGGAGUGAAGUACGACUAACCUUGUCGCUCUGCUUGCUUGCUGUAAGUUUGUUGUUACCCUUUCUGUUCCUGUUGGUGUUUGUGGUGUGGUUGCUUCUUGCUUUGUAAACCUUGGAGCCUACAGCAGUUUAAGCAUUGUGGUUUGUAAUAAAUAAUAAACCUGGACCAAUUGGACUGUGGUCUAGGAAAAACAAAAACAAGCGAUCCAUGUACCAGUAUGCAUUAUAACUGCAUGUUCUUGUUCCCAGAAA